AUGGGCCUUGAGAAAUGCUGCCCACUUCAGUCAAGGGAAGCGCUGCUGUCAGAAUCUGCGGUCAGAGUGGAGAUUCCGCCUCCAGCUCUCCGCAACCCCCAGACCCCCCAGAAGACUGAUGAGAAUGCUGGGGCGGAGUCUUUCUCUGACUCCUCCCUGUUUGCCCACUGGGGUCAGGACCUGAGUCCAGAGAGUCGCAGGGUCGCACUGAAGAAGUUCCAGUACUAUGGCUACAACAGCUACCUCAGCGACCGCCUGUCCCUGGACAGGCCCAUCCCAGACCUGAGGCCUGACGGGUGCAAAAACAUCUCAUAUCCUGCAAACCUCCCUCAAGUCAGCAUUGUGUUUAUUUUUGUGAAUGAGGCACUGUCAGUCAUCCUGCGCUCCAUCCACUCUGCAAUCCUCAGGACACCCUACCACCUCCUCAGAGAGAUCAUUCUCGUGGACGACAACAGCAGCAACGAGGAGCUAAAGGAGAAGCUGCAGGACUUUGUGGAUGAGACCAAUGCCCAGAGACCCGGGUUCAUCAAGGUGGUGCGUCACGCCAAACAAGAAGGGCUGAUUCGCUCACGGGUCAGUGGGUGGAGGGCUGCCAGCGCCCCCGUCGUGGCCCUCUUUGACGCCCAUGUGGAAUUCAACGUUGGAUGGGCUGAACCCAUUCUGCUGAGGAUAAAGGAGGAUCGAACUCGAAUAAUUUCCCCAUCGUUCGACAACAUCAAAUACGACACGUUCGAGAUCGAGGAGUACCCGCUGUCCGCACAAGGCUUUGACUGGGAACUCUGGUGUCGUUACCUGAACCCUCCCAAAUCCUGGUGGAAUCAGCAGAACAACACCGCUCCCAUCAGGAGCCCAGCUCUGAUUGGCUGCUUUGUGGUGGACAGGCGGUACUUUGAGGAAAUUGGUCUCCUAGAUGAAGGGAUGGAAGUAUAUGGGGGCGAGAACGUAGAGCUGGGCAUCAGGGUGUGGCAGUGUGGGGGCAGUGUGGAGGUCCUGCCCUGUGCCCGAAUUGCUCACAUUGAGCGGGCCCACAAGCCAUAUACGGAGGACCUGACAACCCAUGUGCGCCGGAAUGCCUUGAGGGUGGCUGAGGUGUGGAUGGAUGAGUUCAAGAGCCAUGUCUACAUGGCCUGGAACAUUCCCCAGAAGGAUUCUGGGAUCGACAUCGGGGAUAUCGCAGAGAGAAAGGCCUUGAGGAAGAGACUGCAGUGCAAAACGUUUCGGUGGUACCUUGUCAACGUCUACUCUGAGAUGAGAAUGUACACAGACACCAUCGCCUAUGGAGUGCUGAAGAACUCCCUCAAGAGUGACCUGUGUUUGGAUCAGGGUCCAGACACCGACAAUGUCCCGAUACUGUACAUUUGUCACGGGAUGACACCCCAGAAUGUGUACUACACCAGCACUCAGCAAUUACAUGUGGGGGUACUCAGCCCCACAGUUGACGACGAUGACAACAAGUGCCUGGUGGACGUCAACAGCAGGCCCCGGCUCAUCGAGUGCAGCUAUGCCAAAGCUAAGAGAAUGAAGCUAUACUGGCUGUUUACUCAGGGAGGUUUUAUCCAGAACAGGAAAUCAAAGCGAUGCCUUGAGCUGGCGGAAAGUAGUGACAAUGAAUUUGGAUACCAGCUGGCCCUGCAGAAGUGCAGCGGCCAGAGAUGGACAAUCACCCAUCUACUGACAGGCAGCACUUUAUGAUGAGAUCUGAAGACCUGCCAAUGUCCAACACUGGGCCUGAAAGAACUGCAGGAGACUUCAGUGCUUUGAAACACUCCUUUCAAACUGUUUUCAAGGAGAAGGACGAGAGUUAUAUGACAUCUACUGUACGGUUGUGAUACUGUGGGCACUUUGACAUCUCUCUCUUUCGCCUGAAGACAUAUUACAGUAAAUGUCAAACAUUUUUUGUCAUACCCUGCUGGCAAAUCUGCAAUGAUUGGUUAAUUGUAUAUUCUGCAGUCUGAGAGACUCUAAUGUCGGAGUAUACUGUUUGGAAAGUACCCUUGGUUCUGUGUUGACUUGCAGGUUGU